ACGAUACGUGGAAAAUUUUCCUUUGAUUUGAUCUUAUUGUCACCCCUUUCGAAAACCAGUGCUUUGAUCUCUAAAAUACCUCUGGUACUAUAUAAUUCAGAUAUCUAGUAGCUCUCUGGACAGGUUUAUUUUAGUCUGCAGCUGUCUUUUGGUCUGGAUUUUUGGACUCACUUUUGCUUAUAAUUCUGCUUGAGAUGAGGUCAUAUUUGGAUAUGGUUUGAACAACCAUGGAAAGAAAAUCAAGAUCUGAACUAAUAAGGAUUAUCGAGGAAAAGAGUGAAAAGUUGAGCCGUUAUGAGACAAAGUUGCGAGAUGUUGUCAGUGCAUACAAAAAUUUGGUGAAAGAAAAAGAAGCUCUGGAUGCAAGCAUCAAGGUUUUAACAUCAACACAACAAGCUUCUCCAAAACCUACAAGAACAAACCGGAAAAGAACUGAGGGUACUUCAACAGAUGGCCUCAACCAAGAUCAGAAAAAUAAAGAAAAAACACCAGCUUCUUCUCCGUUGACAGAGGAAAACCAAGAGACAUUUAAUGAUGGCAAAUUUGUAUCUGUCAAUGAUCAUCCUUUGAGGGAGAAUUCACACGAAGAUACAAAAAACGAGAAUGAAAAAGACAAAAAAAAGACAACAGAGCUGGAGGAAGAGAAAAAUAGUGAUGGAAAUGAUGUCGAUGAUGAUGACAAUGAUGACGAAACAAAAUUGUUAAGAGAAAAAAUAACAACUUUGACAUCAACUCUUAAGACUGUAAUGGAACAAAAAUCAAUCAUGGAAUCGAAUUACCAAGCAGACAAGAAGAAAAUGAUGCAAGAUUUUGGAGCAAGGCAAGAAGAAUUAUUGAAAGAAAAUGAGGCACUGUCAAAGAAGGUGAUAGAGGUUGAGAAUCAACUGAAAGAGGCUAAACAUAGAAUGAGACAAGAACAGCAGUCACGAGAAGAAGAAGAGAACAACAACAUCCUCAUGCUACGAGAACUACAAGUUCUGCUUUCAAAGGAACGUACAGCAAGAGAAGAACUAGAGCAACAACUCGAUGAAGCAAAAGAAAAACUCUCAAAUACAAAAUCAAUUCCAGAAAGCAAAGCUUUGGAAUAUGAACACCAAAUCCAGAGCUUGAAAGAAAAACUUGAAGAGAUACAAACAAGACUGAUGAAAGCUGAAGAAACUGCUACAAAGCCUUCCCCAUUAUUGUUAAGGCUACAGGAAGAAAUGAAGGAAAUUAAAAGAGAAAAUGCGGAGGCACUAUUAAGGGAGCAAAAACGUGCAAACGAAGCUGAAGAGAAGCUUGAGAUGAUUACCAGUGUGGAAGAAAGUAGAGUUUCGGAUUUAGAGACCAAACUUUCCGAACUUUCAGAAGUGGUUGGUAAUUAUGAGAAACUAAAGUUCCAAGACCAGAUGGUUAUCCAGAAACUUAAAGAACGUUUACAACAGUUGGAUGUUGAAAACACAGCAUUAUCACAGAACAGUCCAACAACAGAAAUACCUGAUAAUAAUAGACAAACAGUGAAUGAAUUAGAGUCACUGAGAGAACAGAUGCGUAAACUGAAAGUAGCAUCGAAGUAUGCAGUGGAGAAUUCGUCCCUUCUUAAAGAAGGAGAUCUCGAAGAAUUAAGUAAAUCAGAACUUGAUUCUAUCCUUAAUUCAGAUCCUACUCACAAACUUUGUCAGGAAGAACUGAAGCAGUUGAAGGACGAGUUUGAAUUGUACAAAGCGAAAACGAACCCACUGCACAAAGGCAAGUCGUUCAAAGACCUCACUUCUCAGCUGGAAAACCUUGAGAAAAUAAAAACUAGAAACACAAAACUAGAGAAAAGAAUCCAUGAAAUGCAAGAAAGUGCUAAACAGAAAGAAACAGAGUUAAAGAAAAUCAUUUCAGAUUUAAAAUCCGAGCUUCAAAAUGCCGAAAAUUCUUUAACAAGUGAAAAAGAAGAAUGUGAACUCAUCUACAAUCAAAAACUUGCUGAACUGGAAAAACAAGUUUUGAAGCAAAGAGAACGAACUUUAGAGCUUUUAGCUGAAAAGGAUGCAGAGAUCAACUCACUCAGAACUCGAAGUCCCAGUGCAAGCCCCUCACGGGUAGGGACAGUAUCGUUUUCGUAUCCACGUCGGUAUUUGGAUCCUCAGUUGAUGGUACCGAGCGAGAGUUUGGAACUAGGUGGUGGUGAGUCAAGUGAAGAUACCAAUGAAGCUGUGUGUCAACUCAUUACUAGGCAGACUGGCUUGUCCUCUGGGGAGGGUGUUCUGAUUCACUACGCUCAGCAACAAGCGAGAAGAGAAGCUGAAAGUACUGCUCUAAGAAGACAGAAAAUAGAACUAGAAGAUGAACUACGAGAGAUGGCAUUAAGGGAAGCAAGACAAGGGGAUCAAUGCAAAACACUGAAAGAGGAAAUCAGAAAACUUGAACGAGAUCGGUCAAGGGAAAGUGCCAACCUUGAGUACGUCAAAAAUGUCGUUCUUCGCUUCAUGUUGUCAACGAGCUACUCCGUUAAAGAACAAAUGAUCGUCGCCAUAGCAACUGUUUUGCAGUUCAGUCCUCAAGAGUUACAGAAAGUCAGGAAGGCGCAUGCUGGAGGAUGGUGGGGUUCAACCUCAUGAAUUAUUAAUCUAUUAACAGCUAUUAAUAAUUACUAGUAAUGAUAUAUAAAUUUAAUUAAUAUGACUUUAUGUAUAAUGUUUCAAGAAUAAAGGAUAAUUUUGGAUGACCAAAAA